CCGCAGUUGGAGAGACACCAGAGGGAGAUGGGGUGAGCCAACCCUGGGUGAGGAGGUUUCAGCUGCAGCCGGAGACACCUCAGUGGGACAAGACCAUGUGGCUGCCAUUAGCUCUGCUGCUCGUCUGUGUCCCAGGCUCUUUGUCUCUGAGUGGCCCCAGCACUGUGAUGGGCAUCGUGGGGGGAUCCCUGAGAGUGCAGUGUCGGUACGAGGAGAAAUACAAGACAUUUACCAAAUACUGGUGCCGACAACCAUGCUUGCCACUUUGGAACCAGAUUGUGGCCGCCAGAGGGUCUGAAGAAAAGAUGAGGAGUGGCCGCGUGUCCAUCGUGGACCAUUCUGGAGACCUCACCUUCACAGUGACCUUGGAGAACCUCACUGAAGAUGAUGCAGGAAAAUACAGGUGUGGGAUUGCAACAAUGCUGCAUGAAGAAGGACUCCAUGGUUUCCUGCCUGACCUUUUUUUCCAGGUUCAAGUGUUUGUUUCCCCCAGGUCCCUGUUUGGCAGCGUCCACUUCCUACUCCUCAUUCUCCUGAAGGUGCCCCUGUUUCUGAUUAUGCUCAGUGCCGUCCUCUGGGUUAACAGGCCUCAGUGGGCAAUUUGUGGGGCACAGAGUCGGCCUGAUGAAGACAACCUGCGGCCCUCCUUGAGCAUCGAUAUCCUGUCCAGAGACACCGCCACUCAGACUAGAGGAGGAAGAACUUCUGACCCCAAACCUUCUAUCACUUCUCACCUUAUUGCCAAAAACUGGUAAAAAUAAAUAAAUAAAUAAAUACA